GCCUCAUUUCCUGCCCCAAACUUUACUGUUCCUAUUCUUUGAUUUUGUUAUACGUCCGCCUUUGAGUCGUGAGUGCAUCGGGUCGUCAACCUGUCAUCAACGACGGCGUCAAGUUUUGCUCGCUGUUCCCAUCGUUGACGGCUAGCCUACUUAUCGUCCAGCUAAGGAGCGCUCUGCUUCUUAUUAUUCCCCUGGACUCUCACCGUCAAUUUUGGUCGAGUUAUUUCAAGCGCCAUGGCAUUGGCUGCGGUCUCGACUAUUCAACCUUCACGACCUGAAUGCAGCUCCGUUGUUCCUUCGACUCUAUCCCCGAAUCUUCACCUCAAUAUCUUUCAACGUAGCCUCGCCAUUUCUGAUCUCGAUUUCAAGGACAACCGAUACCCUACUCUCACUUUGGACAAGAGCUUCCAUAAAACCAGUCCCAUGAUUAUUGGGUCCGGAGAUACACAGACUUGGGGAACAGCUGAAUGCACACAUCCUUCAUCUCGCUCAGAGGUGGCACAGCAACUACAGGGCAAGGAGGAUUUCGGUGUUGAUGGCCAACAUGACCUACAGCUUAAUGGGAUCUCUGGCUCCUUGCCACAAGGAGCCACCCACCGUAUCGUCGAACGUUAUAGCCCUGAAGAUAACGUUCAGGCAUCCGGCAGCGGAGGUUUAAUGAGUUCCCAUCUUUUUGAUGACUCAUUCAAGUCAGCUGGGGAGACCUAUACAACUUCACCUUCACCACUUCCACAACCACUUCGCGACGUUCCCUCUUCCCUCAAGCCUGCCAGCAACCGGCAGUCCUCAUAUCCCCCACUCGAUCCUGCUGGUUCAUCUAGAUUGCCACCUCCAACUGGGAUAUCCACAUCACAAUCCUACAGCCCCGCUAUGGGAAUCACAAUUCCCAUUUCUCCUAAUCCACGUGCAUACGCGCAACAUCCCACUUAUAUCACCCCUGCUGCUCCCCCAGAUCCGAUCAACCCCAUCCUCUCCCCAAAUCCCCCAGUCCCUCCCGAGGAAAUAUGUGUGGAAUGUGCAAUGCGCGAUCAGGACAUGGCAGAUGUUGUCGUAGUCGGUCCUGGGAUCUGGGAGCGUGAAAGUGACGUACUCUAUGAGGACUUACUUCGCAGAGAACAGGACGACGAGGCAGCUGGAGUCAUAUCAUCCGAGUGCUCUUCCAAGCCCAGAGCACGAGGGGGGCGCUUAUCUGAACAAAACCUCAAAAUAUGGCAUACGAUGACUCCUCGAGAGCCGGCGUCCCGACAGCAGACUCUGGAUCAGUAUGUGAAGGCCCAGCGGAGUCUCCUCGAGGCUGAAGCACUUGCACACGCACGUGCGAUGCAAGAAUCGAUGCAACUGGAACACAAGAUGCGAGACACGUACUCACAGUUCCGUCGUUCAGCCUACGAUCUGAACGGCGGUGUCGAUGACACUGCCUUCCGUCUCAAGCCACCUCAUCCAUCCAUUGGCACGAACGGGGCCCUCGGCCACCAUAUCCGAAGUCCUUCACGUGACAUCACAGUUCUGGAGAAUGGUCUUAUCGUCGAGCAUGUCGACAUUCGCAAAGAAGAAAAAGAAGAAGAGCGCCGCCGUCGGAAUGAGAAGCGGGAACGACGUGCCCGGAAGUCUUCCAAAGGUUCCGCGGUGGACGUCACGUCCCUUUAUUCCGUCCACAGUCUGGGUCCGCAUACUGACAGUGGUCUUGGACCAAUGCAAAGCUCGCGGUACUCUGCUAUCAGCUCCGUCAGGCCAAUUAGCUCUCUGACCGCACCAACUGACAGGCAACCGAGUAUGGGCCAGGUUUAUUCGCAAGCAUCAUUCUCAGAUGCGCACAGCCGGGGGUCUGCUUCUCCACGGCGCUCGCGGUUCUUCGGCUUCAAGAAUUUGAGCGCUGCAUGGCGUAGCCAGGAUAGUCUCGCCCCCUCGGGGAUGUCAGGCAGUAUGAUUGAUAUGCACUUGGCCCUGCACCAUGAAAGCAACGGACUUCGUGUACGAUCGCCUGUUGGCGAACGGAGUAUGUUGUCAACUCCCAGACAUAGUCAACUGUGGCCACCAGUGGACCCCCAGGAACCCCUUGCUGUGCAUAUCGACGAGAAGGACAAACCGAAGAAGAAGCGCAAGGGCCUGGCAAAGAUAUGGAAGCUCGUCAGGGGAAACAAAGACGACCCACAGAACCAUGCGAGCGGCCGCGACUCGGCCCGGUCCCAAGAUACAGAGCGGAAUGAGGAUGACCUGCCUUUGGCGCCUCCACCCCCUUUGUCAUAUCUGGUGGAUAGGGGGCCAGGAGAGCACAUCGGAAGCAGUGGGCGCCACGUGUCCACUCCCUCGAUUCCUUCAUCAUCCUCGCCGCGCAACCAAUUUUCUUCUUCAGGCAUGUCCCCUUCGACAGCGCCGUCUAGCCUCCUCCCCUCACCUACUUCUUCACGCCCAUCAGGCAUAGAUCGCGAUGCUGAACGCAAAAGCACCACGCAAAUUGAUGAGAAAGAGAAUUAUGCCGUGAUCGCUGACGAGAGUGGCAAACUAAAGUUACUUCAUCCGGUCAUCUCCGAGCCAGAUAUCCGUCAGAAGCUCCAGCAGAACGCUUUUGCUUCGACCAAUGGCAUGACACUGCCUAGGUCGAGCAAGUCACAAGUCAUGCUCUCUCGGGAGAAGUCUUUGCCACCCCUUCCCGGUGAGGUUAAGCUUCGCUCAAACAUUCCUGCUGCAGAAUCACGGCCGCAGACACUAUACACCUAUGAUCCUCGUCUGGUCGGCCAGGAAUCCAGUGACCUUACUCUACCGCAUGCCCCAUUCCGCUCGGAACCCAGACGACAAUCUUUUGGUGGUUCCGCCUCCCGCCCAAACCUAGGCAUUCAGACGAUGCCCUUAGGUGCAUAUGAUCCUUCAAAAGGUCCUGGUGGUAUGUACAACGAGUUUGGCCUCUCCAGACGCUCGCUCGGCCGCUUGGAGCAUAUCGAUGAAAAUCCUCAGCCAUCCACACCCAGUAAGCGGAGGAGCAAGUUUGGAUUCGCAUCUUUACUUGGCAGGAAAUCCACACAGCCAGAGCCCGCCAACGGCAGCAAUUCGCAUGAAUUCCCGCGGUUGACGACGUCACUCUUCGAGGGUGAAGAUAACCUCACAACAGCAUAUACCCAUUCCAUGUCUCGCCAGAGCGCUGGUCCGCGUAUGUCUGUCACCUCCCGCAAGGCGCUGGAGGAGCGAGUUGAGCAAGACCGAGAAUUUGUUGCAUAUCGCUACCCCUCCCAUGACCAGCGCCUUGAUAUCCUGCGGUAGCGCAAAACCAUCGUUCACGCCCCCUUUCACGAUCCUUCGCUGUUUUCUCGCAUGACAUCCUUUUCUUGUUUAGUGUCUGUAUAUCAUCCUGCGUCACAUCCUCCACCUCUGCAUUUUACUUAGCUUUCUGCAUCCAUCGUUACCAGGGACAAAUGCUCGCGUUCCCGCUCUAGGACUUUCAUGUUUUUCGUAUGUAAUCCUCACGGUCAUUUCUGCUUACUUCCACAUUGCUUCCACAUGUAAAUGAAUGCAUUCACUUGUUCACUUGUAAUUGCCGAUCGCGUAACACGUGACCGAUAUCGACGUCGCGCGACGCGUUUCACUGCUUGAACAAUAUCCUCUAC